AUGCACGCGCUGCUGAAUAGCGACCUCACGCGGGAGGUGGUGCGGUGGAAUUGUUUUCAGGUCUUUUCCGCCGGAGAGGGGCGCGGGUAUAUCCAUAAAUCGAUCCUGGAAGGGAUUCAAAAGCGCGGUCGAGACGCCUGCAACGGCCCCAACGCGAAGUUCACCGUCUCGAUUAUUAAGGCGUUGAACGACGCCUUUGAUUGCAUGGCCGCGGAGGAGGAAAAGGAGUACCUCGCCGCGAAGGCCGCCGCGGGGAAACGGAAAAGACGAAAAGCCGCCGUAAAACCCCCCGUCCUUCCCCCGCAUCAGAGCUCGGUCAUCCCGUUAAGCGUCAAACGCCGCUCGCAUAUCGAUUACACGACGUUUUGUCGAUAUUUUGAUCAACUCCCCCAGCUCGCGGCGGCCUUCAUGCAUGUGUGGUUGCCUCUUCUUUUUACGGGGAAAGUGGGGGGACAAAAUUAUGACCUCACCCUUUCGACGGAGGAGAAUCUGAAAGACGGCGAGCUCUCCCCUGCCACCACCACCACCACCAUCAUCGAGGGCGAGGAUCGUGUGGAGCGGAAAGGCGUGAUGGAAAAGAAAGUUUUAUGGAGCGAAGCCGAAGAUGGGGAAGGGGGGGAAGGGGGCUCCAAAGACGCCACGAUCGGACUGGAUGUCGUCGAAAAACUCCCGCGAAAUGCCACCGCGGAGGAGGGAGAUGUCAACGACGCCCCCUCCGAUGAGGGCCUCGUCGAAAAAGAAAACAGCCAGAUCCGCGAAACGAUCGACCUGCCGUUGUGGGAGAGUGGCGAAUACCCCCUUCAGCUUUUGGGUGCGACCCUGGAAAUUCGCCAUGCGACCUUGCAACGGCUUAUUUUUAGGGAGAUGGAUAUUUUUCAAAAGGCUGUCGAACAUCUGGAGUAUCAAACCAUACUAACUUAA